UAGUCAAGAAGAUGAAGGCUAGAAACACUGAUGUUUAUCUGAUCUCUGGAGGAUUUCGCCAAAUGAUCAAUCCUGUUGCAUCAAUUCUUGGUAUUCCCGUUGACCACAUUUUUGCCAAUCAACUUCUUUUCGGAAGUGCUGGAGAGUUUUUGGGGUUUGAUACAGAUGAGCCAACGUCUAGGAGUGGAGGAAAAGCUAUUGCUGUUCAGCAGAUAAGGAAGGCUAAUGGAUAUAAAUCGCUGGUCAUGAUUAGAGAUGGUGCAACUGAUCUUGUGGCUCGCAAACCAGGAGGUGCCGACUUAUUCAUAUGCUAUGCUAGGGUUCAGCUUCGAGAAACUGUUGCAGCUAAAGCUGAUUGGCUGGUGUUCAAUUUUAAGGACUUGAUUGAUAGCUUGGAGUAG